AUGGUAGAUUCAAUUCACCGUAUUGCAUCGGCGUUGGAUACGGCCAAAGUAAUAACGAGGGAAGCUGCCGCGGUAGCCACCUCUAAGCUGGGUGAAUCCUCCUAUACUUAUUAUUCUCAAAACAUCAAUCCUCAACAGUUAGUCACCUUGUUAAAUUCUAGGAACUCUAGAGAAGUUAGAGAUGCAAUGAAGAGAAUAAUAUCUAUAAUGGCUUCCGAUGAUGACUCUAUUGACGUUCAAUUAUACUUUGCUGAUGUUGUAAAGAAUAUCACCACUAAUGACACCAAAGUGAAAAGACUUAUUCACCUGUAUUUACUUAGAUUUGCAGAAAAUGACCCAAACCUGACCCUGUUAUCUAUUAAUUCUCUUCAAAAAUCAUUGUCUGAUUCGAAUUCCGAACUGAGAUGCUUUGCUUUGAGUGCCCUUUCUGACAUGAAAAUGUCAUCAUUAGCACCUAUAAUUUUGCAUACUGUCAAGAAAUUGGUUACAGAUCCAUCUGCAAUGGUUCGUGGUGAAGUCGCCUUGGCCAUUAUCAAAUUAUAUAGGGCUGGAAAGAAUGACUAUCAUGAAGAAUUGUUGGAUAUUCUGAAAGAAUUAAUGGCAGAUACAGAUCCUAAGGUGAUAUCCUGUGCUGUCCUAGCUUACAAAGAAUGUUAUGCGGAUCACUUGGAGCUAUUGCAUGGACAUUUUCGCAGAUAUUGUAGAAUAAUUAAGCAACUAGAUUCGUGGUCACAAUCAUAUUUAAUUGAGCUGCUAAUCAAGUACUGUAAGCAGUAUUUACCAAAACCAACUGUGGUCGAUAAAUCAUCAGAAGGUUCCCCAAGGAGUUGUCCUUUACCAGAUAAAUACAACGAGAUUGAAUACCCAUCUUACGAGGUGGUAAAUGACCCUGAUUUAGAUUUAUUUCUACAGAGUUUGAAUUGCUUAAUUUAUAGUUCCAACCCUACAGUGAUUUUAUCGUGUUGCAAUGCGCUAUAUCAGUUAGCUUCACCAUUGCAGAUGAAAAAUACUAAAUUUAUUGAAGCAUUGGUUAGAACGGUAACCAUGACAGAAAACCAAGGUAACAAAGAAAUGCUUUUACAAGCAAUUCACUUCUUAUCGAUCUUAGACCAGACACUAUUUUUACCCUACACCAAGAAAUUUUACGUUUUCCCCAAAGAUCCUAUUGUGGCAUCAAUUUGGAAGAUCCAAAUUUUGUCCACGUUAAUAAAUGAAUCAAACGUUAAAGAAAUAUUCAAAGAAUUGAAAUAUUAUGUUGCCAGUGCUCAUUUCCCAGAAAAUGUUGUUAUUAUGGCGGUUAAGUCAUUAUCUCGAUGUGGCCAAUUGUCAACGAGUUGGGAAUCACAUGUAAUGAAGUGGUUAAUUGAUCAUAUGGAAUCCCACAACCUCUCUGCUUCUGUCCUAGAUGCAUACGUGAAUGUUAUCAGGAUGCUGGUGCAAAAAAAUCCUACAAAACAUCUUCGCAUAAUCUUCAAGCUUGCAGAUUUAUUAACAGUUCAAACGAGUUUGGCUGAUAAUGCUCGUGCAGGUAUUGUUUGGUUAUUUGGUGAAAUUGCCUCGAUUGAAUUUAAGAUAUGUCCGGACGUUUUGAGGAGGCUAAUCCAGAAUUUUUCAAAUGAGGGUCCUGAGACAAGAUGUCAGAUCUUAGUGUUAUCAGCAAAACUGUUGUCAUAUGACAUUGAUAAUUUUAAGCAAGCGCAAGUUACUGGAAGCGAAGAAAAUAACCAAAAUCCCCCAUACUAUGAUUUUAGUGGUUCAAGAAUCUCUCAAAUGUACAAUGCGGUCCUUUACUUGGCAAAAUAUGAUGACGAAUUUGAUAUUAGGGAUAGAGCCAGGAUGAUUUCAUCCUUGUUUGAUUCAGGGAAAUAUGAAAUUGUGUCACUACUAUUACAAGCACCUAAACCUACGGCAAGAAGUGACGAUUUUAUCGUUUCUGCAAGAUUGGAAACACAUACCCCAGAAAUAAAAGAAUUUUUUAGAAUGCUUCCUUGGAAUACUGAAAUUACUGAGGUUGGCGAGACAGGUAACGAUAUUAGAGAAGGCGCAGAAUUGAAAGACUAUAACAAAUACAAAAAAAGUUUUUCAUCGCAGUCUUUUAUUACCAACAACUCAGCAAGAUCUUUCACAUCUAGCUCCAACGCAAAAUUGACUGGGAUCAAUGACGGCGAUAGCAAUAGCAUCUCAGGUAAAGGUAACGUAAACACCUUCACAUCUCAAAACGGGAAGAAAUAUCGUUUGCAAAGCCUGGACGAGUUUUUUUCCGACAUUCCAGAAAGGAAGAGUAAACCAAGGAAAAUUAUAAAGGUGGUGGAAGAAAGCAGUGACGAGGAUGAAGACGAAUCGGAAGAGAGCAGUGACGAUGAUGAGUAUAGUGACUCUUCUUUGGGAACGUCUUCUUCGGGAACGUCUUCUUCGCAUCUGGAGCUUUAG